AUGAGUAAGGAUCACGAAGUGGUCCCUCUACUGUACGAUAACGACCUUGAAGUCGGGUCAUAUGAAUCACUGCCGAGAGAGGAGAAGUACCUUGAUGAGCAUGAAGUACCCCAAGGGAGACAUUUAGGCAUUUUCUCAACAACUGUGCUAUUUAUUUCCAGAAUGGUUGGUUCUGGUAUAUUCUCCACGCCAAGCAACAUAUUUGUAAGCUGUGGCGGGAACUCAUUCAUAUUUUUUACAGUAUGGCUCCUGACUGCACUGUUUGCCUACGCUGGCUUGUACAUAUUUCUGGAGUUUGGUUAUCAUUUGCCUCGGUCUGGUGGUAGAAAAGUAUUCCUGGAACACUCUUUUACACAUCCAAAACUUUUGAUGAGCGUUACUGUUGCGUGCUACUCUAUAUUCUCUGGAGUGGCGUUGUCUGGGUCUGUCGUAUUUGGUAAGUACUUCCUAGCAGCUAUCGGGUAUGGCUCUGAGACUUACAACGCUGGUAACACUUCAAAAUAUAUCAGUAUCGGAUUCGUAGUGCUGGCCACUGCAAUUCAUGGAAUUUCAGUAAGAAGUGGAAUAUACAUCCAAAAUGCACUUGGCGUUGUUAAAUUAAUGCUUAUACUAAUGAUGUGUCUUACUGGAUUUUACGCUAUAAUGAUAUAUGAUGCUCCUACGGUAACGCAAUGGGACAGCCCAUUCUUCUCUUUCCAGGACAAGUCGGCAUUCUCUUUAAAUUCUCUGGCAUCCGCCUUUAUCAGCGCAUUCUUCUGUUUUGCCGGAUGGGAUAGUGUUCACUCUGUGACUUCAGAGGUUAAAAACCCAGCUAGAACGCUUAAAAUCUCUGGUUUAUGCUCUCUAGCUAUAUGUGCUCUAUGUUAUACUUUAAUGAACGUGGCAUACACCAAGGUUCUAUCUUAUGAAGAAAUUGCUAAUGCUGGUCCAUUAGUAGGGUCUGUUCUAUUCAAAAAACUAUUUGGUGCUCAAGUUGGUGGUGCCCUAAUGACCGGUUCUGUGGCUGUAUCUGCAGCAUCUAAUGUUAUUGUUGUGAUAUAUGGAAUUUCAAGAGUUAACCAGGAAAUAUUCAGAGAGGGUUACUUACCCUUCAGCAAGGUACUUGCUAGAAAUUGGCCUUGGGAUGCCCCAUUGUUUUCACUACUAACUUGUGCCUUACUGACUUGCACUUGGAUAAUUAUCUUACCUAGCGAAGGGUCGUCGUUCAAUUACUUGAUUUCAGUAGAGGGUUAUGGUAACCAAGUUUUCCUAUUGUUGGUUGCUGUCGGUUUGCUGCUAUUUAGAAGACAAAAGACAUACCAAGAACACGAUAACAGUAUAAAGGCUUCUACUUUAGGUGUCUACUCAAUGAUUUUAUUAUGCACCUACUUAGUUGUAGGACCAUUCUUUGGCGAUCAAUCUGCCAACAAGAUAGCUUUUCUUCCACCAUAUGAGGUUGCAUCUGUUGCAAUUUUGCUUUCUUGUGUUUUAUUCUGGUUUGUCAAAUUUAUCAUGCUACCUUUCUUGUUCAACUAUCGACUUGUUUCAAAAACCACAACGCUCUCAGAUGGGCUACGUAUUACGGAAUGGAAAGCUUAUUAUUAA